AUGCUCUGGUCGUCGCAGGAGGAAGUGGGACCACAGCCGCCGUUGGAGCAGCUGCUGAUUCCGAGCAAGCUGGGUCGGCUGGAGCGGGAGAAGCAGGAGGCUGCCAUGGCUGCCAAGCGCGCCUCGCAGCUACGCCAGGUGGCUCUCGUGGAAGCUUCGUGGUGUCGCAUACUCGACGCAGCAGGUAUCCCGUCUGUCGGCGCUCUCGAGGUGGCUUCGAAAGCGGAGGAUGAGGCACACGACGCGGUAGUCGAGGCCGCCAAGCUCGGCGUUAUUCUCGAUCAUGCCGUCACUAGCAGGAGCAGAAGCGGCAGUCCCCGCGCCGCCGCCGCUGGAAGCUCGGCCUUCUCCGCCGCCGCCGCAGCAGCCGCCGCCAGCGCCGAGGACGACGAGUUAAUGGCGGCGUCCGCGCUUGCCGGCGCCUUGAGCUCUCGCGACGUCAUCCUGACGUCAGUGUCGACCGCGCAGGCUGUGGAGAAGGAGGUGGUGUUGGCGGUUAUGAAAGCGCUGUCGCGUGUGGGGAAUAUCCGCGCCGCGGACGGCAUCGUUGACUUCGUUGACUGGGAGGUGAAGGAGGGCGACGAGCGGGAAGGGGAAGAGGAGGUGCGGGGUCGGGAAGGUGGCUGUGUGAAGGUUGGGAAGGGCGACGGCGGAGGGGAAACUGGGGAAGAUGGGAAGGAGGCAGGCGAGGAGAAGGGUACGCGAACGGGAGAAGCAGGAGAAGGCGAGGACGCAGAGGGGAAGGCAGGAGAGCUGGGGGUGGAGAAAGAGGAGCUGGUGUCUGACGAGAAUGAGUCCCAGGGGCAUGCGAUCAUAAAGGGAGAAGCUGCGGAGGCUAGUUUGGAAGAGAAGGGGGAAAAGGAGGAGGGCGAGGAGGAGAUGGAUGUCCCCGCAGUGAUCGCUGAGCGCGUGCUUGCGCUCAACCGCAACCAGCGCACGGCGCUCGCCGCCAUCGUGGCGUCGCGCGGAAUGGUCAACGGGCUGCUGCAGGGGCUGCGGAACGGCCGCCGCCAGUCGUUCUCCGCCUCCGCCUCCCGCCGCCAGUCGCUCGCCGCGCUGUCUCAGAUUGGCGGAACGGGCGAGGCGGGUUCCGCGCUAGCUGGGGCGGGAACGAGUAGGGUCGUGGGGGUUGCAGGCGGAACGGGGGAGGCGGAGAAGGCGGAGCGGAGUGUUGCGCAGGGUAAGGAGGCGGGAGUUGGCGGAUCAAGUGGGGGGAAAGCGGAAACUAAUAAUGGCAGUGGUGACCUUGGGAGUAUUUUGGUGAAGAAGCUAUCGCGACUGGAGCGGGAGAAAGCUGCAGCAGUGGAGGAGAGGAAGAGGGAGGAGGAGGAGAGGAGGAAGGCCAAGACGGAGAAGAAAGGAGGGGAGAGUGUGAGCGGAGUGAACGUUGGGUGGGGAGCGGAGGGGCUAGGCAGCGGCAUAAAGCACGUGUCGCGGAUUGACAGGGAGCUGGCUGCAGCGCGCGAGGCGGAGAGAAAGGCGCAAGGACGAGGCGCAGGGGCUGCUGCUUCUGGUGGCGCGGGUGGGGCCAGGGUGGGUAGGAGAGAACGGGUGGAGGUGGGAUCAGUCCCUUCUCUGGAUUCUAUGCUGGUGAAAGGCAAGAGUAGGCUGCAGCGGGAGAAAGAAGAGGCGGCAGAGGCUGCUAAAGCGGCGUGGGGAUCAACUGGUGGGAAGAGUACAGGUAGUGGUGUAGCGGCAGGGAAAGGGGCGGGCAGGAGGGAAAGGGUGGAGGUGGGGUCGGUGCCUGGGCUGGAUAGUAUGCUGGUGGUGCGGCAUAAGAGCAAGCUGGAACGAGAGAUGGAGGAGGAGAGGAAGCGGUGGGGGGAAAGUUCGGGCGGCGGUGGUAGCGGUGUGGUAGGGGCAAAUGGGGUGGGUGAGGGGGGUAGGGCGGAUGGUGGGCCGAAGGGAGGGCGGAGGGAGAGGGUGGAGGAGGGGUCGGUGCCUGGGAUGGGAGAGAUGCUGGUGAAGCAUAAGAGCAGGCUGGAGCGGGAGAAGGAGGCGGCAGCAGCGUGGGCGAGAGGCGCAGGAGGGUCUGGUGGUGGUACUGGCGCUGAUACUGGUGCUGAUGCUGUUGUGGACGCAGGCUGGGGUGGGUGUGGGCUGGCAGAUGUGCUGAAGAAGCCAGCGGUGAAGGGAGGGGCAGUGCAGGGCGGGGAGAUGGUGGCAGCGGGGAGAGUGGUGGUACGGGUGAAGGGGUGGAAAACGGGCACUCUGCGGCAGAAGCAGCAGCAGCAGCAGCAGAAGCAGCAGCAGGGGUUGGGGCUGGGAGAGGGAGUGAAGAAGAUGUCACGGCUGGAGAGGGAGCUGAUGGAGGCAAGGGCGCUGAGGGAGUGCGUGGGGGAGGCGGGGAAUGGUGGCGGUGCUGUGACGGGCGGCAGCUGUUCGGGGAAGACAGGCGGUGGCAGGGUGGAGGAUGCGUGGGGUGGCGUGGGGUUGGGCGACACUUUGAAGAAGCAUGUUUCGAAGAUGGAGCGCGCAAAGAUGGAGUGGGAGAAGGCAGAGGCAGCAGCACGUGAGAAGACACAACUGUAG